CUCGAAAGUCAAUAGACAAUGCUGCCACGCCAUUGAAUCCGACCUAUCGCCACUCCGAGAUUUGGUAAGGUGACAGGAACAAACUCCCUGAACCUCUGGGUACGUGGCGUUACAUUCUCUCUGUCAAAGUUUCAGUCUCUGAGUUCCUGGGAUGAAGAGUUUGGAGGCCAAUGCCGGCGCUCUGACCAAUUUUGAAGUACUCGACUUUCUACGGUCUAAAGGGGCUGCAAAGGAUUCUACUCGGGUUCUUGCUAAAGUGGCACCUUCUGAGUACAAGGUAUAUGACUAUUUGGUUCAGAGUGCUGCUUGCAAGCAAACCAGAGAGAAUAUCAAUGAGUUCUUGGAAAGGUGUAAAAAGUAUGACCUUGCAAAGGCCGAGGUGCUAAAUAUUAUCAACAUUAGGCCGUCUUCUGCUGUUGAAAUCUAUACGAUUGUUGAGGAAUGUGAGAAACGUUUUGGAGAUGCAGUUGAAGAGCUAGUAGAGUUGGUUGAAAACGUGUUGCCACCACCCCCGAUUGAACUGAAACCUGGAGGGAUUGAUGAAGGUAAAGAAGAAACCGAGAAUAUUGAUGGUGGCAAAGACGAACCUGCAACUGGGGAACAAAUGGAUGGAAGUUGAGGCCUUAUAAAACCGUUCAACUCGAAACUAGUCAAAAUCAUCAGAUCUAGAGUAGAGCAGGGGCUACGACGCUCUAAAUACGAUGCUGAUCUGCAGAUCAACUCAAACAAGUAUACGACGGUACAAUCUUACAAGUAGAGGGAGAGACCCUCCCUUUCAGUUGGUUCUGUUCGUCGUUUCUUUUCAGGUGGUCAUGAUCACUGAUCAUUCAUCUUAAGCUACUGUUUUCUUACUGAAUUCUUAAUUACACAGAAAAGUUGUUGGAAUAAUUAGGAUCAGAGCGUAUGAAUGAC